UUGGAUUGGUACGUCUGAAAGUAGCACCAGCUAUCGGUGCAGUAGAUAGGGAGGCCAAUCACGUUACGGUAAGCUCCAGUAGCAAGAGUAGUUCGAGAGCCUGCAGUGGAGAAGCACGGGUACGGCAAGGAGGGCCAUCAGAACACUACUAAGCCGCUGAUCGUUCGUAACUUUUGUUCAGUAUUUAAGCAGUUGCGUUCCGAUGAAGGUCAGUAGACCACUUGUGGCGAUCGGCAGUUUUAGAAAGACGAGAAGGUCGAUCCUCCUUUGACAGGUGAAAGUGCUGCUGCUGAUCGGGCAGGUUUUUUUGUGCCAAAAUGACCCACUAACGAACGGUACGUCGGGCCAAGUCUAGCAUACCAAGUCUCAAAAAUAAAUACCAAAGGUGCCACGUUUCGGGUUCAGUUCCGAUCUUCCGAUAUUUUUAGCCCGGGUCUAGUUUACAACUCGUAAUAGUUAGUACAAUAGCGAUAAAAAGCGAUGCAUUCUUCGCGGGCGUUGAAUAUCUGGCGUCGAUUAGUGUUAAGUGGUGUUUUGUGCGUUCUAAUCUGUGAUAUCAACCGGGUGACCGCGGCAGUAUUCAAAUCGCCCAACAGCGACGAUGCUGCAUUUUGGCACCGCCAUGCCGAGAACAACCUGAAAAAAAUUCUAAGCUACGACACGCAUCGACGCGGUGCCGGCGUGGCCAAAAACGUGAUCAUCUUCGUGGGCGAUGGAAUGGGCGUAUCGUCUCUGUCGACUGGACGUAUCUUCAAGGGUCAGCAGGCGGGUCGAUCGGGCGAAGAGGAAACCCUAAGCUUCGAUCACUUCCCGAACACGGGGUUCUCGAAAACCUACAACACCGACCGGCAGGUACCGGAUUCGGCCGGAACGGCAACGGCCAUGUUCAGUGGAAUCAAAACUAAGUCGGGGGUGAUCGGGGUGGACUUUACCGUUACGGAAACCACCGAGGAGGCGGCCAGUGUUUCCAACAUUAUGGAUUGGGCUCAAGCGGUGGGCAAGCGGACGGGGAUUGUGACGACGACCCGGAUAACGCAUGCAACGCCGGCGGCCGCUUACGCGCACUCGUUCAAUCGGAACUGGGAGUGUGAGGUUAAGAUUCCGACGAACCUGAGAAAUCGGACCAAAGAUAUUGCGAGACAGCUGGUGGAAAAUGCGCCUGGCAAUAAGUUCAAUGUGAUAUUGGGGGGUGGUCGGAGCGAAUUCGGUGUUCCGAUUCCGGAACAUUCGAAGGAACAGCUUAAGAUAAAUGGGUCGAUGGAUAAACCUUGUCAACGAGCUGAUGGUCGAGAUUUGGUUAAAACUUGGCUAGAAAGCAAGAAUGAUUCAUCGGCUGCUUACGUGUGGAAUACCUCGCAAUUGCUAGAUGCGGAAGUCGAUGAUCUUGAGUAUCUGUUGGGGCUGUUUGCCGAUGAGCACAUGUCGUACGAAACGAUUCGUGAUAAGACUAGCGGAGGUGAACCUUCCUUAUCCGAUAUGACAGAGAAGGCGAUCCGGGUUCUGAAAAGAAAAGAUUCCAAGGGGUUCGUGCUGAUGGUCGAAGGUGGUCGAAUUGAUCACGGGCAUCAUCAGAACAUUCCCCGGUUGGCUUUGGCUGAAGUCGUCGAGCUGGAUAGAGCCGUGGAACGAGCUCUCGGUAUGGUUGAUUUGGACGAAACGUUGAUUAUUGUAACGGCGGAUCAUUCGCACGUUCUGACUUUCAACGGGUACCCCGAUCGGGGUAAUGACAUUCUGGGUUUCGGUAACCGUCCGGAUAAAUUACCAUACGAAACCAUAACCUACGCCAAUGGUCCGGGAUUCCGAACACACCGAGCCAACGACAGUAGCGAUGAGCCGAAACGCUAUGACACUUGGGUUCCGGUGGAAACGAUGGACCGCUCGGCGAUUGAGUAUCGUCAUAUUUCAACUUUCCCGCUGGACGAUGAAACUCAUGGAGGCGAAGAUGUAGCGGUAUUUGCGGCCGGUCCUGGUUCCGCUUUGGUACGUGGAACCUUUGAACAGAAUUACAUCGCUUACGUAAUGAGCUACGCAGGCUGCAUGGGUCCGGCCAGGAAGCUGAACGAAGGCUGCUCGCGGCAUUGGUGGAGUUCCUCGGGGGCAGCUUCCGGCAGUGGAGUCCUUGGACAACUGUUGAUCAGUAUUGUUUCGGUAGCAUUUGCGAAGCUGUGCCACACACUUUAAAACGAAUUUAUUAACACAUUGUUAGAGUUUAGUCAACUUUUGUUUUUUUUUGUUUUGUUAGCAUAGUAAAGCAAUUUAUUAU